AUGGCUUUUUCACAACCAAACUCCAGAGAAUUGCAGAAUAGAAAAAUCUUGGAGGAGCUGCAGCUGAAAAAGCAGAUGUUACUGAAGCAAGGGGUUGCGCCAAGCUUAAACACGUCGCUGGGAGUCUCGUCAACUGGCUCUGCAUCAAAUAUAAGUGGACAGUCUAACGAUGGUAUAGCGAUGAGUGCCUCCCAAAGAGCAGCAUUGCACAAUGCACAUGCCGCUUCGUUUGGUUACUUUGUUACCCAGGAUUCUUCCUUUGGAAAUCUGAUAUUACCAGUUCUGCCUAGAUUUGACAAUAAAUAA